GGCCGGGGACACAGCAAGCAGAUCCUGGUGCUGGGCCUGGAUGGGGCUGGGAAGACCAGUGUUCUCCACUCCCUGGCAACUAACCAGGUCAAGCGCAGCGUGGCUCCCACCGAGGGCUUCAAUGCCAUCUGCAUCAACACCGAAGAGUCCCAAUUGGAGUUCCUGGAAAUCGGGGGCAGUGAAUCUCUGCGUUCCUACUGGAAGAUGUACUUGCCCAAAGUGCUGUUGCUAAUUUAUGUUGUGGACUCGGCUGAUCAUGCCCGACUGCCUGUGGCAAAACAGCUGCUUCAUCAGCUGAUCCAGAGCAACUCCACCCUCCCCGUGGUGGUUCUGGCCAACAAGCAGGACCUCGAAGGUGCGUAUUGCAUCACCGACAUCCAUGAUGCGCUGGCACUGUCUGAUAUUGGAGACGAGAGGAAGAUGUUCUUGAUUGGUACCCAUGUAGCAGAAGAUGGCUCCGAGAUCUCCUCCAGCAUGAAGGAUGCCAAGGAGCUGAUCGCACAACUGGUUUUGGAAACAAAACUCGUGUUUGGAAACCAAGAGACGAUCUGGACCCUCUCGCGGGGUGCUGUGACAGCUCAAGUAUCGCCAAGAAUACUGGCACUGGCCAAGCCCAAGCGAGAGUUUGGCAAGCACCAGUGCAGGUCAGUGGUCUGCGGACGGGAAUCACCGAUCUGGGAGCGUCCCCUGCUAGGGGGUAUUAGCGUCCCUCCUGAUCGGCUGCUGAAAUUGUCUGAACCUAAAAAGUGCCAUGCUGCUUACCUGCAAGAAAGACCUCGAGAUUCCCCUCAGUGGCCCGUGUCAGCAGCUGCACAGAGCUAUAAGGCCUCCCUGCGGAUCCUGGAGCUUUCCCGGCCAAAGGUGCUGCACUCAGAGUUCCAGCCACUCAGAGAGGUGCCAACACAGGUCACAAAUGUCACUAGAGCAUCCUCGCGGUUGCAGCGUCUCGCAGAGCCCCGUGUCAGGAGCGUGACCUGCUGCUCUGAGCUCGGCCCUCUUGAAUCUGCCAUUCGUCCGGUUUCCGAGGGGGCUCAGCGGGCAAUUGCGAGCCCUCGGAUCCUGGAGCUGGCUAAGGCGAAGAAAUUGCAUCCUGACUACUUGCCCUUGCGGGAUGUGGAGUGGCCAGUGACAAAGGCUGCAAAGUGCGCGGUGUUAACACCAAGGCUUGUGGAACUAGCCAAGCCUUGCAAAAGGCCUUCUAUGAGCUCAGUUCAGUUCAACCCAGACGCUUUCACAGUGAAGGACGCUGCUAAGAAAGCAAUUUGUUCUGCUCGGAUCCAAGACCUGGCUCGUCCGAUUAUGCGCUGA